CAAGAAGGUUCCAAUCGUGCAUGAGUCCGGCGCGAUUGACGCAGCGCUAGCUUCUCUCGCCAAUUCGAGCUCGGGAGUCAGAUCUAGAACUAGCACAAAAACCGCGUACCUGGUUAAACGACAAAAGGAAAACCAGGAAGAGAAACAAAAGAGAACAUCUGCCUUUGCAGCGUCAUUCACUUUUGAACCACCAAUUAGCUACACAAAGCAGACAAUAUGCAGUUCCGCGGAACGGUCGACCGGCUGGACAAGCCAAGUGCUUACUUCAACAAGCAACACAACAAGCGACGACGUACCGACAACGGCGAUGAUGAUGCGCCGCCGCCCCCACCACAGGAGGACCCCCUCGCCAACUCGACAACGCUCUAUGUUGGUAACCUGUCAUUCUACACAACUGAAGAGCAAGUAUACGAGCUCUUCUCAAAGUGUGGCGAGAUCAAGCGCCUUGUGAUGGGCCUGGACCGCUUCAACAAGACGCCCUGCGGUUUCUGCUUCGUCGAGUACUACACCCACCAGGACGCGAUCGACUGCAUGAAGUACAUUGGCGGCACCAAGCUGGACGAGCGUGUCAUCCGCACAGAUCUGGACCCGGGCUUCGAGGAGGGAAGGCAGUACGGCCGCGGCAAGUCUGGCGGUCAGGUCCGCGACGAAUAUCGUGAGGACUACGAUGAGGGUCGCGGCGGCCUCGGUAGGGCAAUCCAGAUGGAGCGCGAGGCGCGCGCGAGAGAGCAGAGGGAUUCUAGGGACGAGGAGGAGCGUGGGCACUUGAGGUGAACAAAUGCGCUUGUUUACUUGAUGGCGCUUGGGAGGGUUUGUGUGAUUUGCCCUUGUUUGAUUCGGACAAAGGCACUCACUAUAUACUUGCCGGUGAGGGGCCAGGAUCAGGUUCAAAUGGAAUUUGCACUUUUGAUGAUACCAAUGAAGACUCAUUUUUUUUUCUACAAAGAUGAUGUUACAGACGCUUAAAUACAACAAAGUGAUACACG